AUGCUAAAAGCAAUCAUCCUGCUGGUUUUUCUCUACCCUCUCUAUGCUCGAAAACCACAGUCACACGAGAUUAAACAAAUUCUAGAUUCUCAUAAUAGAGCGCGCACUGGUGUCUCUCCUCCAGCGUCAAAUAUGGAGGAGAUGAUGGAAAAUUUGGCGGAAUCUUGGUACCAGAACACCGGUCAAAAUAUUGCCAUAACCUUUGGUCACAAAACAGAAAAUUUUCCAUUUGUUAUCAGUCAAUGGCACAAAGAAGUGAAGGAUUACAACUAUAAUGCGAACUCUUGUACCUCAGGUAAAAUGUGCGGACAUUACACACAAGUGGUUUGGGCUACUUCGAGCAAUGUUGGGUGUGCAGUCCAGAGGUGUGACAAAUAUUUUACAGGCCGUAUACAGCCUACGUUUCUGUAUGUCUGCCAGUACAAAGCUCCCGGCAAUUUUAUUGGACAAAAACCUUACACUACAGGAAGGAGUUGCAGUAAUUGUCCUAAAGAAAAAAAAAGAUGCAAGAACAAAUUAUGCUAUUAG